UUGCCAUAUUUCUUCCCCACGGCCCAUGUGAACGCCCAGCUCUCCCCCUUCCCGCCGCUACACGCUCCUCUCCCGCCGAUUACCACCGGCGCGCCGCCGCCGUCGCCGCCGCCGCCCCAACUCCAUGGAAGAGCCACCACUCCUUGCCUCCACCUCACGCGCCACCGCCUCCGUCGCCUCCUCCUCCUCCGCAAACUGCCCCGACCCCAUGGACGAGGGACCCUCCGUGUCAGUUCCCGGCCUGCCCUUCGCCGAGCAGCUUAGGGCUGCGGGGCGGGGCGCGUCCAGCGGCUCUCCGGGGGGGCCCGAGGCGCAGGUCCAGGCGCUCGCCUCGAUAUCCCGCGGGAUCUACCCGUUGGCGAGGGCCGAGGCGCUCCGCGGCCUUGCCGCGGUCCUCGAGACGGCGGACGCCCCCGGCGGGGUUGUGGAGCUGUGCCACGGAUGCGCGGUGGGGCUGAUGAGGGACGAAGACGAGGGCGUCAGGUUGGCCUCCGUGCGAUUGAUAGCUCUAUGUGCGGAUAAGUUGAAUACGAGAGAAGGAUCGGAUGGAAAUGGCGAUAACCAAACAGACAUUAUGUUCCUUCAGCUUAGCUCCAUGGCUAGGGACAUGUGUACAAAUGUAAGAAUUGAAGCAUUCAAUGCACUUGGUAAAAUGCAGAGAGUUUCUGAGGGUGUUUUGCUUCAGUCACUGUCUAAGAAGGUCAUAAAACCCAACACUGGGAGUGGUUCUAUCAUCAAGGGAGAAAAAGUACCUCCUAAAUUAAUAUAUCCCUGCGCUGCCGGCAUUUUUGCGCAUGGUAUUGAAGAUGAGUUCCAUCAGGUGCGGACAGCUGCCUGUAAAUCAUUGGGAGCACUUUCAAAACUCUCUGCUCAAUACGCACAGAAAGCCCUGGACUUAUUGAUGGGCAUGAUGAAUGAUGAUACAGAAGCAGUUAGGCUGCAGACUUUGCAGGCCUUAUUCCAUAUGGCAACAUAUGGAUGUUUGACUGUGCAGGAGAUGCACAUGCAUAUGUUCCUUGGUUUGUUGGUUGACAUGAAUGCCUCGAUCCGAGAUGCAACACGCAAGAUCCUAGGUUUAGUCAAUCUGCCUAAACUUCAAAUGUUCAAAUCUGCAAUCGAUGUUCUCAUUACAAGUUUGGAAAAACAUCAAGAGGAACAAGAAAUAUACAGUGUUCUUUUUUCCGUUGGUAAGAAUCAUGGGAAUUUUUCAGCCAAUAUAGCUAAGCAUUUGGCCAAAGAGAUCAGUAUGCCAUCUGAUGGAGAGCUGAUCUUGGACAAACCCAGGAUAAAAGCAUUGUUAAUAGUGUCUAUCUCUGUAGCUUUCUCUGAUGAUAAACACAACAAACGGGAUAUACCUGAGGUUAUCUUUUCACAUGCAAUUUCCCUACUGGGAAAGAUCUCUUGUGCAAUAGGAGAAGUAGUUGAUCAGAAUUCACUCUUAUCCUACUUUUGUCAAAGAACUGGAAUUCCAUUUUGGGAAACAAAGUUGCCGUCUAGAGAAUCUGAAGGAUGUAGUGUUGAGACAGUGGCUGACAUUCGUCCUCGGAUAGAAAAAACUGUAAAGUCAACUAAAUGUUUAGAUGAAGUUCUGACGAUGCAAUCAGUUAAGUCCAUAAUAGAAACAGUUGAAAGGACUUGGACUAUCAGAAAGUCGUGCAAUAUUCGUGAUGUUCGAAAUAUUCUAAGAACAUGCAAGGAGGAACUAAGAAUAUUAGCUUCAAAUUCUUCUGGAUCAACUGGAGCAUUCUUGAGCUUUUUGUGUGAGUAUCUUGAUGCAGUACAAUUUAUUGUAGAAAUAUUACGAUCGUUUCAAUUGGAUAAUUCAUAUGACCUUGGCCCAACUUCACCUGAUAUUUUACUGGAGAAGUUAGAUACAUCUAUAAGAAGGAUGAAGUGUUGUUAUGCUGGAUUCAAUAGGGGAAUGGAGAUUCAAGUCUGUGAGCUUGCUUUGUUGGCGAAUUUAUUUGGACUUUCAAAGGUUGGGAUUCAGUCGAAACUAGUGCUGGAUAAGUUGCAUUGGAUGAUUAAUCGUUUAGAUUGUCUGUGUGCUGAUGGAUCAUGCGAGCUUUCUUACUUCAGCAGAGAAAUUAAGAAAGCCUUUGAUGCUAACUUUGUUGGCCAUGAUAUUUUCACUUUGCUCGAGCUCUUUCAUCCAAAACCAACAACAGAUUAUGGAAUGCUGAAAACAAUAAGCGCGGAUUUGCAAGUAAGAGACAAUGACCCUGAAAAUUCAUCAACAUAUGUUUGUGGAUUACCUGUGGCUGUGAGCUUAUACAUAUCUCUCUGCAACAUCUCUAGUCAGGACAGAUUGUGGCUCCGCAUGAUUGUUGGUGAGUCUAUCCAGCACACCUUCUUAGAGUUGUCCAGUUUUGGAGGUAAUGAUGAGGUGAAGAGCUGCUCUACGAUUAUUCCUUUCUAUGCUACCCCAAUGGCAUGCUCGUUCGUUCUGAGGACAUGUCUGGUAAUGGAAUGCCCAUACGGAAGCGUCAGCAUUCGUCAAGAAUGCAACAGAGGGCCAAGUGGUUCUAUAAUCGAACUCUCUGAUGAAUUGGAUGUCUAUUUUGUCUGUACUAAACGAAGGUGAUGAAUGAAACUACAGUGAUGGUAUGUUACACAUGAACAUCUUUAGCAUGUGCCCUUCAAUCAAUUCUGAACCAUAUAAUGUUUAUGCUUAA